AUGUUACCAAGAUGGAGGAAAAAUAUAGCGAGGCUGUUCCUGAUUCCUCAGCGGUACGUCCUGGGUAUCAUGGGUCUAUUGGCCGUCUGCAACGCGUAUACUAUGCGCGUAUGUCUCAACCUGGCCGUCACACAGAUGGUCAACAAUACGAAAGGAGAUGAAGAACAGCAUUUUGAUCCCAACGCUUGCCCUGAUGACAGCGAAUACUUCACUAAUGGGACUGUCAGUUCUCGACCGUACGCGAUAUUCGACUGGUCAGAAUCGACCCAAGGGUUGAUCCUCAGUGGAUUCUACUAUGGAUACGCUAUCACCCAUGUACCUGGAGGCUACCUGGCUGAAAGGUACGGAGGCAAAUGGACGCUCGGCAUUGGUCUUCUAAGUACUGCCAUCUUCACUUUGCUGACUCCUGUGGUUGUCAAAGCUGGUGGAGCGACGUGGCUCUUCAUUCUUCGAGUACUGCAAGGAAUGGGUGAAGGUCCCACAAUGCCUGCCUUGAUGAUAGUUCUAGCGAGAUGGGUUCCACCUCAUGAGCGUUCAAGACAAGGUGCUCUGGUCUUCGGAGGAGCUCAAAUCGGUAACAUCUUCGGGUCCUUCAUGUCUGGUUUCCUGAUGGCUGGAGAUGGGGACUGGGCUAAUGUGUUCUACUUCUUCGGAUGCUUUGGAAUACUGUGGUUUUUGGCUUGGAGUAUCCUAUGCUACAGUACGCCAAACACACAUCCCUAUAUUUCGGAGGAAGAGCUGAAGUACUUGAAUGAGACGGUGACCAGCGCUGAUACGAAGAGUGUACGGGACCCUGUGCCUUGGAAGGCUAUUGUGAGGAGUGUGCCUGUAUGGGCAUUAUUGUUUGCUGCUGUGGGCCACGAUUGGGGAUACUAUACAAUGGUGACAGAUCUUCCAAAAUACAUGACAGAUGUACUAAAGUUCAACAUUGCAGCCACUGGAACUUUAACUGCUAUCCCAUAUCUUGCUAUGUGGAUAAGCUCCUUUAUAUUCGGAUGGGUGUGUGACGUCUGUGUUAAGAGGGAUUGGCACACUAUCAAGACUGGAAGAAUUAUUCAUACGACUAUAGCUGCCACCGGCCCCGCAAUAUGUAUUAUAUUGGCGUCAUAUGCGGGCUGCGAUCGGUUUGCCGCCGUCGCUUAUUUCAUAGCCUCCAUGGCUCUCAUGGGAGGAUUCUACAGCGGAAUGAAGGUCAACGCGUUGGACCUGGCACCAAACUACGCUGGCUCCUUGACUGCAAUGAUCAAUGGAACUUCCACCAUCUCUGGAAUUAUUACGCCAUAUUUAAUUGGACUGUUAACUCCUGAUUCAACACUAGCCCAAUGGCGGAUAGCAUUCUGGGUUUGCUUCGCCGUCCUGGUAGGCACCAAUGUGGUCUACAUCUUCUGGGCGGAUGGCAAACAACAAUGGUGGGACGAUGUAAGACAAUAUGGGUACCCCGAAGACUGGAAGCAUGGCCAGCUAAAGAUGGCCAAUCAAGAUAAAGAAAAGAACAAAGAAAAGGAAGCCAAGAACUCAACAAAGUAA